AUGUCCACCAGUCUCCAUCAAUACCCGCCGGGGUUCAGCCUUCUCCACACGCCGAACACUGUCGACUCGCAGCAACACCACGCCUUGGUCGCACAACACACCGGACCUUCACGCACAAGUUCGUUGCAGUACGAGACACUACAGUUCCAUCAACGCCCGAAUGUCCUUUUAAGUGGCAAUGCUGUGGGUAAGCCUCGUCGCUUGCCGUACGCCAACGGACCAUUAGCUGCAGCCCCCCGCACGCACCAAGGCACAAUGCUUCACGAACGAUUAGGCCGAACAUCAGGACCCGUGCGACGCAGGAUCAGCCGAGCCUGCGAUCAAUGCAAUCAAUUGAGGACAAAAUGCGACGGGCAGAAACCUUGUUCACAUUGUAUAGAGUUUGGUUUGAUAUGCGCAUAUCUUCGUGAACGCAAGAAGCGCGGCAAGGCCUCGCGCAAAGAAAUAGCCCAGCAGCAAGCUGCCGCUGCGGCAUCCUCAGACCAGGGCAUGCAGCCAAGUGAGGAGCCGGCAAUUGCAACGCCACAGUCACAAGAGACUGCUUCCGAGAGGGCACAUAAUGAAAGCCCCACACCGUCCAACAAUCAGUCAACUUUCCCGGCUCCUUUCGUUCCUAGUCGAUCCAAUAGUCUGGUGGACACCAGGGCAAGGAAACCUUCGCAGAUCUACACAAGCCGAACCAUGAGUAUGAGUGCCAUCGAUUCUGUUACGGAACAUGUCACGCAAUCUCAUGACGAUCAUCUUCAUCCACCACAACCACCUCGGAUUCAAACCCACGGGUUACCUCAACACGACUUCCAACACAUGCACGAGUUUCCACAAAGCCUCGAAUAUCAGUCGCCGAACGCCAUGAUCCAUCCGACCAUGAACCGGACAAUUCCCUCUAACGAUCAUACUAUUGAAUUCUCAGGUCAUCCUUCCAUUGCAUACAUGCCGCAGCCACUGCCCGAAGACGUUCCGCAUCUGGACUUUGCAGCUCCUUCCCCCCUUUCUGGUUCGCCGACUUGGAUGUUACCUUCUCCGUCUGCCACUUUGUACUCUAGCGGAAAUCGCCCCAGAUCAACACAGCCUCUACGAUAUCCGGUCCUUGAACCAGUGAUGCCAUAUCUCACAAAUAUUAUGCCUCUUUCUCUGGCGUGUGAUCUUCUAGAGCUGUACUUUGAGAGCUCUUCGGCAGUAUAUAUGCAACCAGUGUCUCCGUACGUCCUCGGCCACGUCUUCAGGAAGAACUCGUUUCUCAGAGGAGAGAAUCCCAGAGUCUGCAGUCCGGCUUUGUUAGCAAGUAUGCUCUGGAUUGGAUGUCUGACCGGCGAAUCUCCGUACCUAGCCUCUUCGCCAGUGACACGCAGUCAGAUGUCGGAGAAGCUUAUCAACCUCACCAUCGAACUUCUCAAACCAUUGGUACAUCAAACACCAGAAGCAUCCGAGCAAGAGUCAGCCAUGUAUAACAAUGCUGGCAUAGUUCAAGGUGUCACAAUGGGCGGCUUCGGGAUGCCACCGCAAUUUUCCGAAGAGCACAUUGGCCUCGACUUGCACUUCGGUAACCUAGACGACAUAGCGACCUACGUGAAUCUGGGAGUGGUGACUUCUGCAAGCGAAUAUAAAGCGGCCUCUUUACGUUGGUGGAACGCGGCAUGGUCCUUAGCCCGAGAAAUGAGAUUGGGCAAAGAGGUCGUUACUCCACCACCGGACCUGUAUGAUGAAGAUACCUCUGGCAGCUUCGACAGACGUAACACUGUUAUGGAUCCAACUGAGGAACAGCGCGAGGAACGUAGGCGUAUGUGGUGGCUUUUGUACACAAUGGAUCGACAUCUAGCUCUGUGCUACAAUCGACCGCUUUCGUUCACCGACGUGGAAUGCUCAGGCCUUCUGCAACCCUAUGACGAUCACGUAUGGCAAUCUGGCGACUUCUUCGAAAACUCCGCUCAAUCUUUACCAGAUUCCACAUUUCGCCGAAGAGGUCCUGCCUUCGAAUGCGCCGGCCACUCCAUAUUCGAAUUUUUCCUACCACUGAUGACAAUCCUCGGCGAGAUUGUGGAUCUUACGCAUGCAAGGAAUCACCCCAGAUUUGGCACAAAAACUGACUGGGACGAUUACGGAAAGGAGAUCAGCCAACGGUUGGAUGCAUAUGGUCGAUCACUACAAGAGAUGCAACAGCGUACUGUCCUUGAAAACAGCACUGACGCACACGACUCAGCCCCAAGCGGCGCAACAUCGGGCACAACAAACCCAUUGUCGCAAGAGUCAAUCAUGCAUGCUCGGAUUGUAGUGACGUACGGCACAUAUCUUAUGCAUACUCUUCAUGUUCUAUUGAACGGAAAGUGGGAUCCAAUCUCGCUGUUGGAUGAUAACGACCUUUGGAUAUCGUCGCAAAGCUUCGUCACCGCCACCGGGCACGCAGUCUCUGCAGCUGAGGCACUUAAUGACAUACUUGAACUUGACCCAGACCUAAGCUUCAUGCCAUUUUUCUUCGGAAUAUACCUCCUGCAGGGCAGCUUCUUGCUUCUAUUGAUCGCAGAUAAGCUGCAGGGAGAAGCGAGCCCAAACAUAGUACGCGCAUGCGAAGUGAUAGUGCGUGCGCAUGAAGCUUGCAUUGUCACUCUGAACACGGAAUACCAGAGAAAUUUCCGUAACAUAAUGCUCUCAGCCUUGCAGCAGAUGCGUGGAAGAGGCAUGCAAGCUUCCGUAGAGCGCCGCCGGGAGAUGCUGAGCUUGUACCGGUGGGGCGAUGGGACCGGGCUCGCCCUAUAA